AUCCUAAGCUAACAUUCGUAGUUACUACGGAUGCGAGCCAAUACGGGAUUGGUGCAGUGCUGCAGCAGGAUGACGGCGACGGCUUGAGACCGCUUGAGUUCUAUAGCAAGCGUAUGCCCAGCGAAAAGGUAGCCACGUCCACCUACAUGCGCGAGCUCUACGCUUUGCGCAUGGCGUUGGAUCACUGGAAGCACUAUCUUUUGGGGCGCCACUUCAAAGUGUUCUCAGAUCACGAGACUUUGAAGUGGAUCAAACAGCAGAACACCCUGUCCCCUACUUUGCUUCGCUGGUUUCAUGAAAUUGACAUUUUUGACUUUUGAAUUCAAACACAAGAAAGACUGCUACAACCGAGUUGCCGACGCAUUGUCUCGUCAUCCGGAGCACUUGACAUGCCUGGUCAAGUCCUACGACCUCCGCCCCAAGUUGAGGGAGGAACUCGUGGAGCACACCGCCAAGGAUACGGAGCUCGGCCCCAUCCUUGGGCGGCUGCGGACUGAUCCAAGCAGUCAAUCUGAUUUUCAUGAGCACGAGGGUCUGAUCUUUCGCCGUUAUGAAAAGCACGAUCGUUUGUGUGUGCCUAACCAUGAACCUCUCCGAACACACUUCUUGGAUGUGGCUCAUGGGCACARCGGACAUUUURGAAUUGCAAAGACGUACGCUAACUUGUUGCGACAGUUUGAUUGGCCUGGUAUGAAGGGGGCUGUUGAAAAGUUUGUGAAUGAAUGCCAAACCUGUCA